AUGGCAGAAUCGGUGAGAGAUGAGAUUUGGGCUUGGGAGGGGAUAUUUUUAUCAUGCAGUGAUGGAUGGGAUAGAACUACUCAGCUAGUUGCACUUGCAAAUUUGCUGCUUGACCCUUACUACCGCACAUUCUUGGGGUUUCAGGCUCUUGUUGAGAAAGAUUGGUUAGCAUUUGGCCACCCAUUUUCCGAUCGUGUAGGAAUGCCAACUAUAUCUGGAACUGGCUUUGAAUUGUCUAGACAGUCUUCUGCUGGGAGCUUUUCGACGUCACCCAUGAGGCAAUCAUCAGGGUCAUCUUCUCAAGCUCCUACUUCAUCUCAUGCACAAAACAAUUAUUCUCCCAUAUUUUUGCAGUGGGUUGAUUGUGUUUCACAACUGUUGCGAAUGUAUCCUUUUGCUUUUGAGUUCUCUUCGGCUUUCCUGGUGGAUUUCUUGGACUGUGUGCUGUCAUGUCGUUUUGGAAAUUUCUUGUGCAAUAGAAUUUUAGGUCUGGACGGCCAUCACAAGCCACUUUGUUAGUUCUUCAUUGGUGACACCCGAAGAUUGUGCUUUCACCACUGUCAUGUAAUCAACUUUCACCUCCUUCAGCAUAUUGUUGCAGUCACUAGUCACCACAUAACCUUGACUACUAGCCUGCCGCUAUCUUCUCCAUGUUGUAACCCCUUGUACCAUGAACAUGGUUAACAGACUGCUAACACUAAAAGUACAGAAAGAACACAUAAAUAUCCACACAGAAUGUAACCUUUAAUAGCAUUAGUGAUUUUUGUCUGACGUGAAAAUUCUAGCAGUACACAUGCACAUAAGCCCAUGUUACUAGUUGUUAGCUUGUAAAUUUUAUACUCUAUGUGAUCAGCUCGGCCAAAAGGCACCUAACCAAGCUUAAAAAGGAUUUUGUUCUUA